AUGUCUCGAGAUGCGCUAAAUACAGCCAAGGGCAACCCCGAUGGCACAGCAGUGGGAGCCGCCGAAGACGUCACCAACGCUGAGCGAGGACCCCGCCAACAAGGCCUUGACAGCUCGGCCGCACCACCAACGCAGACACUUACAGGGAAACAAGAGCAUUAUACUGGGACUCCAGACCUCAAGCGCGAGCUCAUCGCGGAGCAAGUGAGGUGGGAAAUUGCGGAGCUCAACUCGCCUACUGCCCUUCGCAGAUUCGGCGCGCCCUUCAAGUCGGACUUUGGCGAGGUGUCGCCGCUUGAUUCGGAGCUUCCAAUCCUUCGAUACAUCUUUGUGCACCAUGUCCGCGAAUUUCCCUUUCUCGACAAGGCGAAGGAGAAGGAGUUCUGGCAGGACAAGCUGCAGACAUUCCUGGAGUCCUUUGCGAGCAAGAAUAUCUCGUCCUCGGAAGAUAGGCUAGAAGAGACGAAGCGAAGGAAAUUGGCAUUGAAAGCACAGAAACUCACGGAGUUGAUGAUGGUGUCCGGUGUCCGCACGUCUUCUGGUUUCGAGGAACGAAUAAGGUUCACCGAGAUGGAAAUCGUCGACCGAGAUGCUAUCGAGACUGGUGUGCUCUCCACGUUGCCUGAAGGGAACUAUAUCAACAGCUGGGAUGUGAACGUGGCUGGAGUACGGAUAACGUCCAUCAAAAGGACCAUUCGAUCUCACAAACAUGCUGAAUUCAUCUUGCGAGUGAAAAGAAAAGGAGAGCUCGAAUUCUUCGUCGGCCGGCGGUACGGUGACUUCAGCCGCUUGCACAAAGCUUUACGCACCGAAUUGCCUGGCAAAGUACUUCCACCACUCCCCAAGAAGAACAAGACCAACACAACAGCUCCUAGUAUGUUGAGCGGUUUCAUGGGUGGCAACGACUCUGAUGCUUCAUCUAUCUCCUCUGUCUCCACACAAGUCGUUCUACCAGGCAAUGGGAAUGCUCUAGGCGAGUCUAUGAAGACGCUUUCAGUAAGAGAACACAGGAGAGCCGGGUCUACUACGUCAAAUAGAGCAUCACCACGACCGUCGACUGACUCACGAGCGCCAACACCCUUGAGCGGUGUCAAGAAUGACGGUAGUAGCGAUGAGAACAUCAUCUUGUGGCGUGAGAACCAGAGAAUCUCGCUUCGAGCGUUCUUGCGAACGCUCUUGCACAAUCCCCAAAUUGCCCGAACCAAGGCUAUCCAGGACUUCCUCACCCGGGAUCCACUAACGCCCAAGGAUGAGGAUGUGGAAGAUAUCGUCCGCCGGAAGGCAGUCGACGAGAAACGUAUGGAGGAGCAGAAGAAAUUUUACGAGAUUGCCCGCAAGCGAGCUGCGGAGCUCGAUGUCUACAUGGAGCAGUUCCGCCAAGAUAUUGUAGAGCACAACGGCUUGACGAUGUUGUUCAAGGAGAUCAAGGAGAAGAACACGAUACAAGAUCUGAGUCUACAGUAUCAAAAGUUCGCAGAGUGGCUCCGAAUCGAAGUCGCAGCGACGAUUUACCACCUGUUCCUGGCCGAGGACAACUCGCCCGAACUGUUUGCCCAAGCCCGGAGAAUACACUCGCUCAUCCCUUACACGCUCAUCAAGAACGUCAUCAGGGUAGCGAACCCUGCAGCUGUCAUGUCCGGGAUUCUGGACAUCUUUCUGGCACAGCCCUUCGGUGCCCGAUCCCUUAUGCAGCGGAUUUUCUCGGUCACGCUCAACGACGGGAUUCGGAGCUUUCAGAAGUCCAUUGAUGCGCUGGCAGUGAAGAUUGGUGAUCCCGUGUUCGUUGAAAAGCUCAAGCUGUACACCGAAUGUGAGGAGCACAUCAAAAUUGCUAUGCGGGAGGAAGCCGAGAGCGAGGAUAUCGAUAUUAUUGUUGCUAUUCUCCGAUCGGACCUCAUUGAGCCGCCUUUGAGCCCAGAGCAGAUCGGAAGGCUGUACAACGCCUACGUGGCCUUCAACAGUGCCGUGGAGAAUGUGGACGAAGAGUUGAAGCAAGGAGCACAGCUGUUCUCGUACCUGAAGCAGCUGAUGAAGCUCUACUUGAGGCAGCGCGAUAAACUCAUGAUGCUGAAUCUGAUCGAAGAACCGGUUACAUUGCAGUUGUUCAGGGAUCUCUUCACCAUCUUCUACGAACCACUGGUACGAGUCUACAAAUCGGCCAACGUCUACAGCAGCGUCACCGAUUUCGCUGUGUUCUUUGACGACAUGAUACAAGUUGUCGAUAAGUGCCGAGAAGAAGAUGCGUCGGCAGAUCCGAAUCAGACUGUGCAGGCUUUCAUCGAUCUUUGCCAACGCCACGAACACAACUUCUAUAAAUUCGUCCACGAGGUUCACACUCAUGACAACGGGUUGUUCGCGCAGCUGAUGGGCUGGAUUGAGAGCAUCCUGGACUUCCUACGACACGGUCCGAAGAGCGGCACGCUUGACAUCAACGCUUUGUUCGAGGGCGCCACGAGCAGUGGAACUCUAGAUAAGGCGAAGGCCAUCGCGGAAGUGAACGAGCUGAUUGCCUGGCAAGAAGCACGGAAAAAGUGGCAUCAUGACAAGACGCGACAGAAGAUGGCAGCUGAGAGUGGUGACGGCUUGACGACGGUGCCCGUUGGGUUCAAGUCGAGCGACUUUGGGCUCAAUGAGGUUGAUCUCGAGGACAUGGCUUUUGACGACGACUCGGAAGAGGAGGCAGAUGAGGAGGAAGAGGACGAGCUUGAUCCCAUCGAGGCUGAAAGGCGCAGGAGGGCAAAGCAGCAGGAUCGAUUGCGUAGAACAGCGGGCGAGCCGGUCAAGCCGAGCAUCACAGAGGUUCACAAACUCAAGGAGAAUUUCUUGAUCAUGCUUCGGAUGGUACUGGCUGAGUAG